AUGAGGACGAACGGGUCUCCACUUGGCUUGAGUAGCCCUUGCUCUACGAACGAAGUGGUCUCCCCAAACGGAUCUCCAGACACAAAGAUUACGGCAUUUUCUCCUGAAGACGUACGUGCGAGAGGCCGUCCCGAAUCUGGGAUCUGCACUUCCUCGAAUGACCCUGGUUUUCGAAAGCUCUACUCGGUGGCAUCUACCGAUCCUUUUUUGGUGCCAGCAUGCGUGAAGCUUUCGCCAACUGCAGCUACUUUCACACCGAGUGGAACGGCAAAUUUUGUACUCAGUAGCAACCAAGCUCGUGGCGUUGGCCACUUGUUGGCAAAUACACCAUCCGAAUCCACUGAAACAGGAACGAGUCCUCCAGAGUACCUCGAGAAUGAGUCUUCGAGAUAUAGACCUAUUGAAAGAUUUCAACCAAAGAACACGAGUUUGUCGUAUGGUUUCAACUUUGACAAAGUUGAUGUCGAAAGACGUGCCAUUGUGAUCGAAAAUGUCCCAACAAACCUUACUUACAUUCUUUUGGCUGGAUUUUUUAAUCGCCGUGAAUUUACUACUGUCAAAGGUCCUGUCCUCACAGACCUCAGGUCCAUGGGCAAGGUCUAUGUGGCUUUCACAGAUAGUCGAGAGACAAGGAGGGCGACUGAAAAAGUCCACCUUCUACGACCUGAAUGGCGAGUCUCCCCACUUACCAUCAAAGAAUAUGUACAACAUACAGAACCUUCGAAUGCCUCACAAGCAUCUGAUUACGAAGGUCAAUUGCUCGUGACUGUUUACUACGAUGGCCGUAACCCGAGUUUGAACAAAUGCACUGUGGCUCGCUCGCUCGAGGCCCUUUUUAUGACCUUUGGAGAUAUUAAGGAGUUUACAAACUUACCCACUGGACAAGAGAAUAUAAGUGAGUUUCACGUUGAGUUCUUCAAUACUCGUGAUGCGGAAAACGUGAUUAGCACAUUAAAUGGAUCUUCUGUUGAUGAUUGUGUACUCGAUAUCUCUUUUUUCAGACCGGAUGUCGAGGACAGAGCUCCGCUACCUCACCCGAGCCCAUGCCCCGCAAGUGAUAGUCUCUCACAUGAGGAUCCAUUCCUCAAAAAUAUGCACUGGGUCUCCAAUCAAAAUAUCCGUGGCCCAUAUAUGGAACUCAGCCCCACAGGCCGCUCCACCGUUCCCCCAGGUGAACACGCUGGUCUCCUGGAAUGGAUGUCUAGGGCUGGCGAGAAAAUAUUGGCUUCGCCGCGCCGUGAGCUCAGCCGCUAUGCUGACCUGCGCGUAAGCAAUCAGAACGCUGUUGAUAUCGAGCGAAUUCGCCUGGGCCUAGACGUCCGGACAACUAUCAUGUUGCGGAAUAUUCCUAAUAAAAUUGAUCAAACCAUGCUCAAGGCGAUAGUUGAUGAAACAAGCCAUGGCAAGUAUGACUUCAUGUAUCUACGCAUUGACUUUGCAAAUAACUGCAACGUUGGCUAUGCCUUUAUCAAUUUUGAAGAUCCAAUCGAUAUCAUUGAUUUUGUCAACGCACGAGCAGGGAAUACUUGGAACUGUUUCAACAGCGACAAGGUUGCCGAAGUAUCGUAUGCUACAAUCCAAGGCAAAGACUGUCUAGUGCAAAAAUUUCGCAACAGCUCUGUGAUGUUAGAGCAUCCGUCCUUUCGCCCAAAGAUAUUCCAUACGGGUAUUGGGGGACUUGCUGGUACUGAAGACCGUUUCCCUGGCCCAGACAACCCGUCAAAGAUGCGACGUAGUAUCGAAAAUGCAGAACACGUUGGCCUCUUUGCCCCUCGUGUUGGUCAGCAAUACCGAGACGAACAACGUCGGCGUCGCUCACAAUUUGACCGCGGAACAACUGCAGCCGAGCGUGAGGUAGUUUAUGUUCGAACUCUUGCUCCGAGAGCUCCAUCACCUGUCAGAAAUGCAUUGAAAAGCGCCCCUUGCACUUAUCCCGCUAUGAAAGUGUGGUAUGGCUCGGCAGUGCCAGAGCGCGGCCCCAGGACCUCUUAA